AUGGAUGGCGACCAACGCAUGAAGCAUCAUGAGCGGUUGAUGGCACGAUCUAGGAAUGGUACGACCGGUGGCCGUGGCAUCGAUCAUUUCGACUCGGCCAUGAACCCACGUGGAGACCCAACGGGGAUGUCACAGGCACCGGACCGGUCUCAGAUGUCCUACGACUACGGAUAUACAGGUAGCUCCUUUAAUGGCGGUUCGCUACAUCCCAUCGAUGUGCCUGACCCAACAGAGUUUGCCCGCCAACGACAGACAGCCUCACAGGGAAUUCAGCAUGCAAAUCCCCAUCAAUAUCCGCACCCGCAUCAACAUCAACAUCAAGAUGCUUCCCAACACCAGCAGCAUCCUAUUCAGCAAACCAUGCAGCAACCACGGCGACGGGUGGCGCAGGAUCCGUCGCCGUUCGUGCCGUACGAGUCGGCAAUGCUGUACGGCUUCGGUCAGCAGGGUCCAGCACAAGGACCCUUCGACGUUGUUCCACAGUACCCGACACGGCAGUCUGCAGCGAUUGAAGCCCUGUCGAAUCCAUUUGCCGUUCCACGGUAUUUCACCCCGGAAGAGCAGCCGUCAGUGACGGGGGUCCCAGCGCUCUCAACUUAUCUCAAUCCGCAAAUGCCAUAUAAUCAACCCGGCCCCAUCGCGCGCCCGAACACUACGCAAACCUUUCCCCCUACUAUGACAGAUUUCACUUCGAUCGGCACCGCAUCCUCGAGCCGAUUGGAUUCGCAGCCUCCCCAGCAUCAGCCUGAUCCACCUCGGCUGCCUCCGUCGGAUCCUCCUUCCCUCGAGGAGGCUUACUCUUACUAUCAGCGAUCAAUGCGCAUCACCUUUGACCACGUCCGUGCGGGACGAUUGGUGGAAGCCAGUCGAUUAUUGUUGGAAAUUUCCGAGUGGCUUGUGACGCACGCACGGGAUCUUGGUAGGUUCAUCUUAUUUCAUGUUUUGAUUUGA